AUGCAAAUCUUGGAACCUCGCUUCUAUUUCUUGCCAGGCACAAGAAAAAAGAUUGCAGCACCACAAUUUCGCAUAUGGUCUCCCACUACACUACUCAGUGUGGCCCUAUGCAGCUUAACUAACGUUGAUCGGACGGGAAACAGUGCUUCCUGCAUGGUAUGGCCGCAACCGUGA